AUGAACUGCGAAGACGAAAAGGAAAAAAGUAACAAUUCUUUGACGCCUUACACGGGCGAAAAGACGAGCAAAAAAAAAGAACUUCCCCUUUUCAACGCAUUUGAUGACUUCAAAAUUGAUUAUUCCUUCCACAAACAAAAAAAGUCUUGUUCUGGUGUAAUAAAAAACUCAUUAAAUGAUGGGAAUGAUAGCAGCUCUGAUGAUAACAAAGACGAUUUAAAAAAGUUGAUUCAAAUUAUAAACCAUAACUAUAUCGAUAAACAUUUUUAUUUUAAAAAAUUAAGCAUUCAUGAUUUGUACAAAAUAUUUGUCUACUCAAAUUUUUUAACAAAGUCAUUAAUUUUAUAUCCUUCUUUGAUUCCUCAUUUUGAACGCAUUAUAGAGAAAUUGAAAAAAAUAAAACACGAACCUACCUUACCAGGAGUCGAGGAUGACCAUUUUGUGUUUCCUCCCCUCGACUUACCCCCCAACGAGGGUCAUCGGCUGCAGGCCAGCAGCUUCAUUCAGAGUGCGGCCUUAAGCAGUGGCCUAGUUAAAAAUGAAACAAAUACGACCCAAGAUGCUACACAGAACGCAGAAAAGAAAGCCUUUCUUCUGAACGUCGGCAAGGACUCCAAGUCAAGGAAUAGUUUUAUAUCUACUGAAUUAGACGAAGAAGAAAACGACAUUGGGCAAGGCGAGAAUGCACGAGGAAGACACCCAUAUGGCACAAGAUAUAACCAUCUGACAAACACAAACUGUGACAAAAUAAACAGUGGAUCCUUCUCCGAGGUUCAAAAUAAAGAUAAAAUUUCCAAUUGUAAUUACAACAGACAAGCAACAGAACAAAAGAAAAACUCAGACUUAUUUCCAUAUGAAGGACCAUCCAAUUAUGCACCUGCAAAUGUAGGGAUAAAAAAUGCUCCUCUGAACUCUACAGUGAAUGUGAAGAGCCCAUGUGCUGUCCAUAAUAGCCACACGAAGAAUGCCACCUCUGAGUACGAUCGGGGUAAUGGGAAUAAUGGCAUAAGUAGAGACAAUCCUAGCGUAUCCAUCCCAUCAGUGGACAAGAAUGUUCGUGUUUAUAAAAACAUAAAUGAGUAUGACAUAAUCGAGCUCAAAAUAAGCGCUUCUUUUAACAACAAAUAUAUAUGCCGAUAUAUAG